CUUCUAUUCAGUUUCUUCCCUGACAUCUCAGUACCACAAAACUGGAUACCAACCUUAUCCGGGGGCAGGGAAUAGAUUAGCACCAAUACAGAAUGCAUGUUCUCUCCGAGCCCGAUGUGGCCCAGAUAUUCCGCAGCUUGACCCAGUCCCAAUGCCUCGAAUUCGUUGGCGCUCUGAGCGAUGCUUUGGUAGCCAUAUCUGCCGAGUCCAAACCGGACUUUCCUACGUCAAUGAAAUUGAUCCAUCAGCCACUGCGCACCGUCUUCACCACAAAAGCAGACAGCUCAUGCAUCUUCAUGCCAGUUUCGGAUACCGUCACUACAGGUGUCAAGGUUGUAACCGUGGCUAAACACGGCGUUCAGGGUGUUAUCAAUAUCUUCUCACCCGAUGGCCGGCUACAAGGACUCCUAGCGGCCGCGGAGGUAACGGCCUUUCGAACAGCGCUGGCCUCAAUGGCGCUGUUUGUGCGCAGCUCUGCAAUUCGCAAGGAGAAUAUUCUCGUCUUCGGGUCGGGACGCCAGGCUGAGUGGCAUGUCCGACUUGCCCUGCUGUUGUACCCGGAUCUCGUCAAACGAGUUACAUUCGUCAACCGCGGCCGUCAACGACUUGAAGAAAUGGAGCAAUCUGUAUUCAAAGAUUUGCAUCAGAGAUAUCCCAGCUUGUCCGUGAACACUCUUGCCAAAGAUAGCACUCCGGGCUAUGAACAGCAACUCCUCGCAGAGCUUCAACUCUGCGACGCAAUCUUCAGCUGCACGCCCUCGUUCACUCCCAACUUUUCAUAUUCUGCCCUUCAAUCUGCACCUAAGAAGCGCUUCAUAUCGCUGAUUGGAUCGUACAAGCCACCUAUGCAUGAGAUUGAUACAGAGACUCUGCUUUCAGGCAGAGGUAAGAUCUACGUUGACUCCAAGUCUGCUUGUUUAGAGGAAUCGGGUGAGCUUAUUACGGCGAAGGUUACUGAAAGCCAGUUGACUGAGAUGGGUGAUCUUCUGAGAGAAUUGGGAUCGUCAGGUGCAAUUGAGAUCCCGGAGGGAGCUAAUGUGGUUUACAAGUGUGUCGGAAUGGGUUUGAUGGACCUGGUGAUUGGGAAGAAGGUGCUAGAGGUUGCGAGUGCUGGGGGACUUGGGACACACGUUGAUGGAUUUUAGAGAUUCUACAGGCUGCUCUGUUUCAGGAUGCUUGUUUUUGUGUCCAGAUUUGUGUAAUUCUCAUACAUAGACA